AUGACUCUGUGCCAGCAGAACGGGACGGCCCUGCGCUAUAUCCCCCUAUCCUAUAACCAUGCCGACUCUCACGCAUCCGCGUUGCGGCUCAUCCUCACACUCAACCCUGAUUGGGAGGGACCAGAAAACAAGAUUGAAUUCGUGCGGUUCACGGACGGCAUCACCAAUACUCUUCUUAAAAUCAUCAACCGCAAACCCGGUUUAACCGAGGAGCAGAUAGAUCACGAUGCAGUACUGAUGAGAGCGUACGGUAACCACACAGAGAUUCUUAUAGACCGCGAAAGAGAAACGAGCUCCCACGCUCUCCUCGCUAGUUAUGGCCUAGCUCCUCCGCUUUUGGCACGCUUCAAAAACGGCCUUCUGUAUCGUUUCCUCCGCGGUCGGCCAGCGACCCACGAGGAUCUGGCGACGCCGCCAGUAUGGGGCGGUGUUGCCAGACGACUGGCGCAGUGGCAUGCCGUUCUGCCCGUCUGUGGGACGUCUGCGACGUUGAAGGAAUCUGACGAUGUACCCCUCACGCGACAAGUAGACGUCGACUUGAAAGAUCACCAGCAACAGUCCCAGCAGGAAGGUAGCUUGUCUGUGGUGAAGACCAGGCAGCCCGGACCCAAUAUCUGGACCGUCACCCAGAAAUGGAUCCUUGCUUUGCCCACGGCAACGGAGGAGCAGCGCCAGCGGAGACUGAGUCUGCAGAAGGAGCUUGAACGGGUCGUGCGUGAGCUUGACGAUGGCAAGGGACUUGGUGAAGGCGGCCUGGUCUUCUCCCACUGCGAUCUCCUCUGCGCCAACGUUAUUGUCCUUCCCACGGAACAACAAAAGCAAAACGGGCACGCUGUCACCACCGGAGAUCAAGAACCCGCCACGGUCAACUUCAUCGACUACGAAUAUGCUACCCCCUCCCCAGCUGCUUUCGACAUCGCGAAUCACUUCGCUGAAUGGGGUGGCUAUGACUGCGACUACAACAUGAUGCCGACGCGGUCCGUCCGGCGCCAGUUCCUGACCGAGUAUGUUAAGAGCUACAGGUACCACAAGGGGAUCCCUGAAUCAUUCCAGCCAGAGAUCGUCGACCGCCUCUACGAGGAUGUCGAUCGAUUCCGCGGAAUCCCCGGUCUAUACUGGGGAAUCUGGUCCCUCAUCCAAGCCCAAAUAUCCCAGAUCGACUUUGACUACGCCUCCUACGCCGAGGUCCGCCUCGGAGAAUACUACGCCUGGCGUCGCGAGACGGACGGAUCUCGGGUCCAGGCUCAGGAAGAGAUGCCACUCCGUGAGCGUCGCUGGGCCCAAGAGGCGUGA